UCCUAGGACAGAGGACAUGAGAAGGAAAACCCUCUCUAUUGUGGCUGAGAGGUGGAGGGCAUAUAAGACCAGCCUCACGAACAAUUACAUUUUUGGAAAAAAGAAAGGUGAAUUUCCUGGUUAUAAGAACCCCACCAUAGAUCAAGAGACAUGGAACGCAUUUGUAGAGUCUAGAAUGACUAAAGAGUUUUUGGAGAAAAGAAAGAAGGCACAAGAGAUUCAGGAAAACAAUGACACCAUUGUCGUGAUGUCUCGUGGGGGUUAUCCAUGGCUUAAGAAAAAGUUGAUGAAAGAGAAGGCUAUGAAGCAUCAAGCUAGCCAAGAUGAGACUACAGUUAGUGGUCCUCCUUCUCCACCCACACGCCAUGAAUUAUGGAAGCAUGGUCGCAUAAAAAAAACGGGCGAGUUUACAACUGAGGCAGCAAAAGAGAUUGCUAACAAGAUAGAUAUAUUGGAACAAUAGUCCACAGAGA